GUGCACUACACUACAGCAACGAUUACUUCGUUAUAUUGAGUUACAGAAGCCUAUUGUUUGCAGUUGAACUGUUAUCGCACGUAGGCCCGUUCAGAUUGGAUGAAGCACUGAAUCCGUUACCGUACAGCAACUCCUCCCUCCGCCUGUCCGAUCUAUCUGAUCUCUCUCUCAUCAUGGCUCCGGCGGCGGACAGGCCGGGCUACUGGGGAACACCGACCUCAACUCUCGACUGGUGCGAGGAGAAUUAUGUGGUCUCGUAUUACAUCGCCGAAUUCUGGAAUACUGUCAGUAACCUGAUAAUGAUUCUACCUCCCAUUUAUGGAGCUAUUCAGACGUGUAAAGAUGGCUUGGAAGUACGCUAUGUGUGGUCAUUUUUAGGCCUUGCUGCCGUAGGCAUCGGUUCAUGGAGCUUCCACAUGACACUACAGUAUGAAAUGCAGUUGCUGGAUGAGCUGCCGAUGAUCUACAGCUGCUGCGUCUUUGUCUACUGUCUAUAUGAGUGCUUCAAGCAAGAGCGUGCUGUUAACUAUUUGUCAAUUAUGCUUCUGCUGACCUUCAGUAUUAUUGUUAGUGUGGUUUACCUAAUAUGGAAGGAGCCUGUGUUUCAUCAGGUCAUGUACGCCGUACUAGUGGCGUUCUUGGUGAUCCGCUCUGUUUUCAUAGUCACAUGGGUGUACCCGUGGCUCAAAGCCCUCUGCUUUACAUCAUUAAGCGUCUUCCUGUUGGGAUUCGUAUUAUGGAACAUCGAUAAUAUCUUUUGUGACUCUCUACGAGCCACACGGCAGCAGCUGCCCCCUGUGGUCGGAGCGGUUACACAGCUUCAUGCCUGGUGGCAUAUCCUAACAGGCCUGGGGUCAUAUUUACACAUACUUCUCAGCCUUCAGAUUCGGUCGACCUACCUCAAGCACAGACCAAAAGUGAAGUUUUUAUGUGGCGUUUGGCCGAUGCUGCACAUUGAAUCCCAGAAGGCGAGUUGAAAGGCACUUGAGAAGAGGAAGAUGGACCAACCACUGACCUCAGACAGACAGAGGUCCAGCCAAUGAGCUUCAACGGCAGCAGGAAGUGACCAGAGGCUGUCAGUUUGGUUCCCCUGUUCCCUUGUUCCCUCUUCCCUCUCCGUUUGCCAAGUGCAUUACAGAGAAAGCUGCCAAACGAAGGAAAGCUUCAUUAUUAUAGGUUAGGUGAGCGGUUUGUGGUUUUGUGAUUUUGCACACUAUAUUACGUAUAAAAAUUGUCCUUUAAAUCCGAGGGUCUUAUUAGCAAGAAAGAAGCAGCCAAAACUAGAAUUUGGUUCAGGCUGGUAUUUCUUUGUUGCCUUCAUGAGGGAAACUAAUAUAGCUUUGAAGGAACAUAUCUAGUCAGUUUGGCAUCUCAUAUUUUGUACUUGAACUUGAUGUAAGUUAGCCUGCAAAAGUGACUUGUCUCUACAUUUUUAGAGAUUAUAAAGGUCAAAUUAAACCCACUCUCAGAAAAAAAGGUACUAAUAGAUACUAAUAUGUACACUUUAGGUACCAAUAUGUACUUUUAAGGUACCAGUAUGGACUUUUUAAGUACAAAUGUGUAUUUUCUCAAGAGGUUCCACCCCAGUGACAGCUUUUGUACCUUUUUCUCUGAGAGUGCAGAUCAAAUGAAUGAGUGUUAAUAAGUUUGGAGUAAAGUAAGAUCUUCAUCUUAAAGAUGAGGAUGAGAUAUUACUGUAAUAAUUUUACUGUAAUGAUGGUCAUUGUACUCAGUGUGUUUCAGAGAUACAGUAGCAUGUUACAUAAUCGUUUCCAUGUUACACAUAUUACAUAACAUUAUUAAUUACAGUAGGAGAGAUUAACAAAAGUCAUGAAUCGCUUUGCAAAAUUAAGUGACUCACUUGUCUCAUUCCAUAAUGAAUCAGCGCUUUUGAAUGAAUCGUUCAGUUUAUGAUUCAGUGAAUUAAUGAAUCAAAACACAACUGAUUCAAGUGCAGACCGGAACUAACAGUUGUAUAAAAAUAGUUAUGCAUGAUUUUGCCCUUCAAACAUUUUAGAGCCCCUCAUGUCGCCAAUAUGUAAUUGAUUUAAUUUAUUCUUAUUUUAGAUAAACUAAUUAUAAAUAUAGUGUUAAUAUGAUGAUUUUAUGAAGGAAUUAUUAUGAAUGCUAAUUAGGUUAACACUGAUCUGAGCUAAGAUACUCAUAUGCUGUUACUCAGUCGCGGGUAAAUUAAUUAAAAUCAAUUAAAACCUUACUAUCAUUAGUAAAUGAAUGUCUCAUAAGCUAGAUAGGCCUAUCCUUAUAUUCUCCUCUCUAAUAUUAACUACUUGAACUGCCACUGUCCGUGUUUGCGGUCAGAAAAACAAGUGUGAAGACGUGUAGGCUAUUGAUAUUGGUUCGUCAUUUGUUUUAUGUAUUGUGCCAAGUUAAUGGUUCAACAAUAAUACAAUCAUGUUUAUGUGAAGCACAGUUGAUAAAAAGGAAAUCUUACAUAAUCCGCGAGGCGUGAGGCACAGUGCUCUAGAUAAAACGUUGGUUGCAGUCGAGUUUGUACCACUGAGGGUGCCUUAGAUUAAACUGUAGUUUAUUCCUUGUUGCCUUGACGUCCAUUAUAUUAAACAACUACGAAUUACAUAUUCCAUCACAUAUCUAAUGAUUCAAAUAUAAGAGGUCAUUUUCGCUAAGAGUACAAACCAAGAAAAAACAGCAAAAUUACUGCCACUAUCACCGCAUUUGUGUGCCUCUGUUUAGAUAUUAGGCACUACUUUUUUUUGGACUUGUAAUCUUGCUUAUGACUGAAAUUAUGAGUUAUAAUCAUUUUGUAGCUAACCUUCCCAUCAUUGUCCUGUAAAGGCCGUGUAAUGAUUUAUGUAUGUUAGGCUAUGUGUGUGUGUGUUUUGUAAUUUUUUUGUCUCAUUAAAAUCUAUGUUGCCAAAAC